AUGGGUAUUUCUGGGCUUUUACCGAUUUUAACAUCAAAGAAAAUUCAUCUUCAAGAGUUUUAUGGGAAAGUCGCUGCGGUUGAUAUUCACUGCUGGCUUCACAAAUCUAUCAGUAUUCACUGUGAAGACAUUGCGCUUAAAAGAGGAGAUUUAACCAGAUGUAUCAACUCCUGUUUAUUAUUUGUAAAUAUAUUGAAUGACCAUAAUAUAACGCCACUACUCGUGUUCGACGGAAGAAAAUUUCCUCUGAAAGUUGUAAAUACAGAAAGAGAAAGAGUUCGCAACGAAAAUCUUCGUAUCGGACUAGAGCUAUGGAACAGAGGUUUACACAAUGAAGCCAGGAAGCAUUUUAAGAUGGGUGUUUCUGUUGGGCAAGAUUUGAUAUCUGGGCUUAUUAAUGAGUGUUGA